GUAUCGAUUUAAUGAAAACACGAAUGGCUGUCGAGGUCAACUGUGUGUGUUGUGAUGUGCGUGUAUCAAAGUCUCGUCUAUAAGUGAAUCGUUUUAAAAUGAAAAGUAUUUAGUUUGGUUGUUGCACUUCUAAUUAUGCAUUCAAUAGUAUACACGGGUAGGCUUUUGUCUCGAGCGAUAUGGAACGGAAUAACAAAUUAUACUACAACUUCAGCGGAGGCCUCUGUGAGCAGAAAACGGGAACCACAUUUAGUACAUGCAGUUUGUGGGUUCCCAAAAGACUUUACUCAAGCCAUUCUAAAAAAAGGACAGUUCGGUGACGAUGCCUGGUUCCAUGCGCUUAGCAAAACCACCGAUGUCAUUGGUGUUGCGGAUGGUGUUGGUGGGUGGAGAAAUUAUGGAAUUGACCCUGGUGAAUUUUCGUCAUUUCUCAUGAAAACAUGUGAGCGCUUAGUGUGCAGUGGUAGAUUGAAAAAUGUAUUGCCUGCAACUCUACUUGCCAGAAGUUAUUAUGAACUUCUCGAAAGCAAGCAACCUAUAUUAGGAAGCAGUACUGCCUGUGUCAUUGUUCUCAACAGAGAAACCUGCCAAGUCUAUACAGCCAACAUAGGGGACAGUGGUUUUGUUAUUGUCCGGCAUGGUGAGGUAGUUCAUCGAUCUGAAGAACAACAGCACUAUUUCAACACGCCUUUCCAACUCUCAUUACCUCCCCCUGGGCGCAGUGGCUUGGUGUUGAGUGACAGCCCUGAUGCUGCUGACACAUCAAGUUUCCCAGUAGAAGAUGGUGAUGUAAUUCUUCUAGCCACUGAUGGUGUGUUUGACAAUGUACCUCAGCAGUUACUUGUAACAGAGAUGACAAAAUUGCAAGGUGAAAAGGACCCAUGUAAGAUUCAAGGUGUGGCAAAUUCAAUUGCCUGGAUGGCUCGCAACCUAGCGUUUGAUAGUACUUUCAUGUCGCCAUUUGCCGAAAGUGCUCGGCACAAUGGAAUUGAAGCAGUAGGUGGCAAGCCAGAUGAUAUAACAGUACUAUUAGCAACUGUUGCAAUAUGAGGUGGCUCCAUUCGCUUAGGUUGUUGUCAUUUGUUUGUACCAUAAGUAGUUCCCUCUUGAGUAGGGGUAGGCUCAUAUUCAUCAAGAGGUUGUGUGUUUGGGACUGAAAAGGGUUGUGUCAUUGCAAUAUUGAAAUUAAUGCAAAACCCUUUGUUAGUCCGAUGUUACCAGAGGAUUAAAUCAGUGCCAGGAAGCAGUCAGUAAAAGUAAUAUUUACUUAGAAUACUGUACUUUUAAUCAUUAUACAAAUGUGAUUUUUGCACAAAUGUUUUGAGAUUUUUAUCCAACUUGCUAAGAAGACUGGUUUGUUAUCCUCUAUGAUUGUGAUGUGCACUGUUGAUAGUUGAUAAGAUUGCAUUGUUUACCUAUGGCAAGCGUUUGCAUUUGUCAUUGUCAUUAGUGCACCGUUGUUGCCACGUCAUAAGUACGCUUAUUGACUUGUGCACAUCUUUCAUGGCAAAUGUUCAGUCGCUGUCCUUGUUAUUGGGAAGAUAAAUAUUUUUACUUCCUUGUUCAUGUUAUUAGUGUUUUAAUACCAUUGUCUGUAAUUGUUUGUCAUUCAGUGAAGAAUCCUCCAUUGUAAAUAUUUUCCAUUUUCACCCUCAGAGAUGUUAAACAACGGCAACUUUUGUAAGAGAAAAAUAAGUUUUUCAUUGCAUUUACUCAAAAUUGUUACUUUUGUGUAAUUUAGUUUAUUUUCUUUAUGUUUUAAUUUUGUCUGAAGGUAUUUGUAUUGUGUGAUUGAAGGCUCAAGUGAAUGUUAUUAAGGAGAAUGAAUCGAGAGGAAAAAUAAUGGUUUGCCCAAGAGUUGUUUUGAGUUUUUAUUUUGAAUAAGGAUACGAGCUAAUGUGA